AUGGAAGAACGUGGCAUAUGUCUAGGUACUGUUGUUCUAUGGGUCCUUUUUGUUUGGCUCGAGGCAUCUGUACGAUUAAGAGAAAUAAAAACAAUAGAUUUAUGUAGACCGUUUGCAGCGCAUUGUAUUGGAUAUCCCAUGGUCACAUUAGGCUUUGGUUUUAAAACUUAUCUUGCAUACAAAUGGCGUUUGAGAACGCAACGUGACGUUCGUAAAACAAACGAAUCUUAUGCACAGUUAUUAUAUCAAGCAUUACCCACUGAGGUACAGCAAUCUCAGCAAGAAGCAGAAAAAGAAAAAUUAAAAGGCCCAUUCCCCGAACAUUAUGAUGAAUGUACAUCGAAUCAUUCAAACACAAAUGCUAUUCAGCAGUCAUUAUUAGAACCAGACCGUUAUGUUGCUCCACUUCGAGACAGAGGCGGAAGUAACAAUACUACUACUAGUAGUAGUAACAAUGAUAUCCAUUCAAUAUUAUUUUCUUCAUCUACCACAUUACCUUCAUCUUCAUCGACAACGACAUUUUCUUCGACUUCAAUUCAUAACAACAAUAAUAAUCUUAAUUCAAAUUCAUUUUUAUCUUCUUUAUUACAAUCAAAUUCGACUCAGAUUCCUUCUUCUUGUACAAUACCAAAGCGCUCUAAAACAACGGCAGUGCCGACGGCACCUGAUGAUUCUUCUUAUAAUAAUCUCAUUUCGACGAAUAAUUCUUCUGUACAGUUACAACGUUCUUCGAAAUCUUCUUACUCCUACAGUCAUACAAAUGGACAUGUUGAUGAAGAAAUUGCUGACUCUUAUAAACAACAAAAGUCAUCUCAUUUGAACAGUGCACCCUCAUUAUCUAGUCUCACAAAUGGGCCAUCAACAACAACAGCAACAAAUAGAAAGAAAGAAAGAUUUAAUGGUCAAAACACAACAUCUGUUAUAACUUCAAAUUCUACUGUAAAUAAUCGACGACAACAAAAAAAUCAAUCGACUCAUGAUUUAUCUACUCAUAUAAAUGGUUUUGCAACAUCAGAUUCUUUGGACAUGGAUAAAAGCGCUCAAAUUACAAAACUGGAAUCAGAUAUACAAAGGCUAAAUCAAUCAUUAGAAAAACAAAAAGCAUCAGAUUUACAAUUACGUGCUCAACUGAAUGAUUCAAAAAUAAAUAAUAAAAAUUUUGAUGAUCUAAAAACUGAACAUACAACAUUACAAACAAAAUACGAAACUCUCACAACACAACGUCAACGUGACAAACAACGUAUCACCGAUUUAGAACGUAAUUUUGCUGAAGAACGCCAAACUAAACAACGUUUAGAAUUACAAAUCAAAAAUGAAAAAAGUACAGCAAAAAAAUUACAAGACGAUAUGGCCAAACUAGCACUUGUACCGGCAAGAAAUGAAUGUUCGGAUCAAUGUUUAAAACGAAAACGUGAUCAAGAGAACGAAACAAGAGAAUUACGUAAAUUACUUCAAGACAGAGAUGAUAAAAUUAAAAUACUAGACAAUGAAAUCAAAACAUUAAUGAAAUAUCGUGAAUCUCAUGCCGAUACUGAAGUAUUAUAUCAACAUUUAACUCAGUUGCAAGACAGAAAUGCUCAUCUACAAGAUAGUUUAAGUGCUGAAACAAGAAUUAAAUUAGAUUUAUUUUCGGCACUUGGAGAAGUUAAACGGCAAUUAGAAAUUGCACAUAAUAAUCUACGAGAUAAAGAUCUUGAAAUACAACAAUUGCACUCACAUUUAUCUGGUACAAUGGUCAAUGGUCACAACCAUGGGAUUCGGCAAAAUUCUGGAUGUUCAUCGCCAACAAAUCAUUUAGAUGGCAAUAACAAUCAAAUGAUUAUACCAACGUCAACAUCAGCCUAUUAUGCUGUUUCAAAAUCACCACCUCCAACUUUGCAAGCGCCAAAAAAUUCAAAUCUCGAUCCAAAUGCUCAAGAUUAUUGUCCAACAACAAAAAAAAAUGAACUGACGAUGAAUCCAAAUUCAAGUCGUGUAGCGGGCACCGAUGGUAGCGAUUUUAUUCAUCGUGAGCGUAUUGCCAGUCAUUAUCGAGUUAGCACGAAAAUUAAAUAUCGUCUACGAUUAUUAAUCUAUCUUCAUUUUCUUCUCGCUCUCAUUGUUGUUAUUCAAAUAUUAUUUUAUCAUAGUCGCUCGUUUUUUCCCACAUCUGCGCCCAGACCACAUCUCUGGGAGUAUCUAUGGCUAAUUAGUCUAUUUGCUUCUAUAUGCGGAUUAUGUUCAUUAUCACGAAAUAAUUUGUUACUGUUAAAUGUAUUUUUUCGUGGUACAAUUAUAUUUGGUCUAGGAACAAUUUUGUCAACGAUAAUUAUUAAUCUGACUGGUUUAUUCACAUAUUCAAAAUUAAAAAGCAAACAGCAACAUGAACAACAAAUGUUUUUGGGAUUUCCAUUACUCGUGUUGUGGUACAUAUUUUUAGCUAUUGCUGUACAAGUACACUCGUACAGUUUAUAUUUGGCUAAUACGUUGUUGAAAAGUUGGCAGCCAAGACAACGACAGCAAUAA